AUGACGUCGCCGGCAGCGCCGCCGCAGUCGGUGCGGGCGCGCCUGAGCGGCGGCCUCUCGUGGGAGCUGCCAGGAGACCUGAAGGCCGGGGAGGUGCGCGCGCGCGUCGCGGAGGAGCUGGGCGUGGCCGAGGAGCACUUGGAGCUCAUCGACAGCAGCGGCAAGAGGCUCGACGACGCCGCCAGCUUCGCCGCCGCGGCCGGCGAGGACCCCGACGGGGCCGACGCGGCGGCGGGCGGAGCCCCCGGGAGCGUGGACCUGCUGGCCGUCAUCCUGGACGCCGCCGAGCAGUCCCUGCUGCAGGUCACUGGUGUGGACGACCUCGCCGAGCUCAAGGGCCGCAGCCGGCUGGACCUGAACGGCCGCCAGUUGCGCGAGCUGCCCCAGACCUUCUCUGAGUUGCGGGGGCUGUUGGAGCUGGACGCAUCGCACAACCAGCUGUCGGCGCUCCCGGACAACAUGGGGUCGCUGAGCUUGCUGCGGGUCUUGAACCUAAGGUCCAACAGGAUACAGCACCUGCCCCACACGUUCACCCAGCUGGCGUCUUUGCGCGAGCUGGACUUGGCCCACAACUCGAUCUACCUGCUGCCCGCCGAAAUGGGAGACCUCGUGGAGCUACGCACGGUCGACCUUUCCCACAAUGGACUCGUGGGCCUGCCCAGGAGCUUCGGGUCCCUGCACAAUCUGCAGCGGUGCGACGUGUCCUCCAAUGAGAUGGAGCUGCUGCCGCAGAUCGACAAUCUGAAUUCGCUGGAGACCUUGGAUCUUUCUAACAACAAGCUCUGGGGACUCCCUGACGAUUUCGGCGCUGAGAUGCAGUGCCUCUCGUCGCUGGACCUGUCGCACAACAGCCUCAGCUGGCUGCCGUGGGCCUUCUUCGACCACCUAUCGGAGGUCGGGAGGUUGGACCUGUCCCACAACAAGCUCUCAGCGCUGCCCCUGAGCGCCAGGCGGGUGGCGUGGGCUGACGGCGUGAACUUGCAGGAGCGUCCCUGGCCCCCGUGGUCCCUGCUGCUGGCGAGCCGCGCCCUCGCGCUGGCGGGGGGCGGCUGCCGGUGCCGGCCCGGCGCCUGGUGGCUCCCCGCGGCGGGCACCGCGAGGCAGCCGACCUUUGCGGCGGAGGGCGUGCGGGACGGCAUGCGGGAGGCCCUGAACGGCGAGGUGCAGGAGGCCACAGAGGCGCAGCCCGCCAGCGACGAGGCCGAGUGA